AUGAGGGCCCAAGGCCUUCUUCUCUUGGCAGCCCUGUUGGCCCUGGGCAGCCAGCUGCCCAGUACAGUAGGCUGGAAGAAGGGUGAGAAAUCAGGGGGCUGCCCACCAGAUGAUGGGCCAUGCCUUCAAGCCAUCCCAAACCAGUGCAUGGUGGACCGUCAUUGCCCAACUGGGAAAAAGUGCUGCUCUCGGGCCUGCUUCCUCCAGUGCCUGCCCAAAGUCAAGGUAAAGCGAGGCCAGUGCCCCACAGACCCACUAUACUGCCUCAGCCCCACCCAGCACCUGUGCAAGCUGGACAAGGACUGUUCUGGCAGGAAGCGAUGCUGUCCAGGAGCCUGUGGCCGAGACUGCAGGGACCCUGCCAGAGACAUUGGGCAGGAGGUGUUGGACAAACUUCUUAACCAGCAGCGAUCGAUGCGGCCCCGGCGCGGGCUGCCCUUCCCCUCCCACUCCCCCUUCCCCUCCUUGCUGCCCGGUCGGGGGGAGGGGGGGGGGAUUUACGCAGCGGCCCGAGAGUCCAUUAAGAAGGCGAGCUUGGCUUCCCCGCUUGGGGAGGCGGGGCUCAAGCUCAGCUCAACCCAGGGAAAAGGCUGA